AUUGCAGAACUCAAGAAUCAGACAGAAGACAAUGUCUCACACGCUCUGGGGAAGAGAGGAGGGAAGCAAUUCUGCCUCCACAUCCCAUCAGGAAGAGAGCCAGAUGUCAAUCAGAAUGCAUAGGAAGCCAUCAAGGAUAGCUAAGGUCUGUGUAUGACACUCCUGCAGCACCUCAGUAAAAUAUACAUUGGGAUGCCUGUGCCUUUUAAGAACCCAGUCCUGGAGAGCAUUGCAACGACACACCGUGCUAUGGGAUUGGAAAUUCAAACAUCUCUGUCCGGCAAAAUUUAAAAAAUCCCGUCUGUCCCCCGGCCCCAUUUUUGCAACCAUUGGUGUCUCGGAGGGGGAGAAGGGGCGGCUGUGCUGGGGAGAGCCCAGGUUUUACCUCCUGGCAGAGCCUCUCCCCUGGGCUUAACCUCACAUCCCCAUAAUUCCUGAUUUUUGUCCCACAGCCCCGCUCCUAACGCUGCUUACCGCUGCCGCUGCCCCCUACUCGGACCCAGCUAACUCCUGUAAUAUGCUCCCUUUGCCCCUUUUGGCCUCUAAAGGAAGCAGCGGGUAGAAUCUGAUACCAAGUAAGGGCACGCUGCCGGGCAAAUGGCUUCAGCAGAUGUUUCUGAGCGUGCUCAGACAGCCCGUUCGCUCGUGAUCAAUGGAGAAAACCAAGUCGGGGCCGCUUUUCACGCGAUCGCGCAGGCAUCAGAUGGGCAAGGACAAGUGAAGGCAGUGGCUUCAGAGGCGAACUGCGCAUGUUCAGUCCGAGCCCUAGCGGCGCUGCAGCAGAGAGUUUGCAGCAGGCAGAGCCCGGAGAACAAAGCGCCGAGCUGGGACCUCGGAGGUGAGGGGCAGGAGUGGGAGCGGCGUUAUCCUUCCCUGCGCGGGAGCGGAGGGUUGUGCUGGAAUUGGGGGGAAGCUUCAACUCCCUCCCACCGCCGCCCUCCUCAAAGGGCGCCCGAAAGGUGGGAGGCUCGCGGUGGGGGCGCGGGGAGCUCCGCCAGCCCUUGUCACCUGCCUGCCCCAGCAUGUCCCUGGAGCACCACAGACCUGGAGGACGGCAGCAAGCAGCGCACUUCCGGAAACCCCGGAAGUGGCGUGCAGCUGCCGGACUUCCGUCCACCCUGCGGGAAGCUGUCCUCCCUGCAUUGUCGCUGGAGGAGUUUGGGGUGGAGCUUUCUGGGUCAGAUGUUGCUGUUUCCCUUGUGGUCUGGGAGCCCAGGCUGAGCAGUGGCUGCUUCCCCAGCAGGGUCUGUGCUUGGAGGAGAAUCUGAGUGAAGCUUCGCUUGUGCCCAGCCAAGGCUGCAAUGUGACACACGGGUUUUGCUCCAGAUCAUUCCAUGCUUCCAGGGCCCAGGGAAAUGGCAGCCGUGAAGCCGGCAGAGGGGCUGGUGACCUUCAAGGAGGUGGCCGUGUAUUUCACCAGGGCAGAGUGGGCUCUGCUGGACCCCGCUCAGAGAGCCCUGUACAGAGCCGUCAUGCAGGAGAACUACGAGAACGUGACCUCGCUGGCAGGUGCUGGGAUGGUGAGUGAGACCUCAGAACAGAAUUCUCAAAAGGAAGAUUACAAGGAACUGAAACCACAUGGUACAUUUUUACAAAGAUUCAAAGGGAGUGUGUCCAGGAGUUGUGAUCAGGAAGAAGCCUGUGAGAGUCAGCAUAUUCCAGAGAAGCAACAGGGAAACCAGCCAACACAGAAAGUUGAUACAUUUAUUCAUUAUCAGGGAACUCACAAAUGCCUCAAGGAAAUCAUGGCCCAGCAGAGAAUCUCAACAGAAGGGAGAAAUAAUAUAUGCAUUGAGUGUGGGAAAAAGUUCAGUAGAUGUGCGCAUCUUAUUAGACAUCAGAGAAUCCACACAGGCGAGCGCCCCUAUGAGUGUGGUGAGUGUGGGAAAACCUUUGCUCGGAGCUCAACCCUUAUUAAUCAUCGGAGGAUCCACACAGGAGAGAGGCCUCAUCAAUGUUGUAAGUGUGGGAAGACCUUCGCAGAGCGCUCUAACCUUAUUAACCAUCAAAGAAUACAUACAGGAGAGAAACCCUAUGAGUGCUGUGAGUGUGGGAAAACCUUCUCACACAGCUCUCAUCUUAUUAGACAUCAGAGAAUCCACACAGGCGAGCGCCCAUAUGAAUGCUGUGCAUGCGGGAAAACAUUCACAGAGCGCUCAAACCUUAUUCAGCAUCAGAGGAUACACACAGGGGAGAGACCCUAUGAAUGCAGUGAGUGUGGAAAAAACUUCAGUCGGUGCUCAACCCUUAUUAAACAUCAGAGAAUCCAUAAAGGGGAGCGACCCUAUGAAUGCUGCCAGUGCAGGAAAACUUUCACUAGGCGCUCACACCUUAUUAGACAUCAGAGGAUCCACACAGGAGAGAGACCCUAUGAAUGCUUCAAAUGUGGGAAACUCUUCCGCCAGAGCUCAGCCCGACUCUGUCAUCAGAGAAGCUGCAGGGGAAUUAAAAGACCAUGAAAACCUUGUUGAGGGCUAAGAAAAUGUUUUGUUUUCCUUUGCUCAUUCUCAAAUAUUGAAUUUUAAGUUAGCACUUGUGUCACCGUGCUACUUCUGCUCCUCUAGCUGAAUAAUGUACUUUUCCCUUUUGUAGCACACCUUUCUUUGGAGUGAAUUCCACAGGCUUUUUCAUUAAUGCCUUUGUGCUGUGCCAUGGAAGUGAGUGUCCCUCUAAAAGGAAUGCCCAGGAGUGAUUUAAACUAGGUACAUGAAGGUGAAUCUUGAAUCAAUUAAGAUUUUCCAAGGAGCUGGCUAGUUUGAGUUCACUGACCUGAUAUAAAAACUAGAGUUAUGAAGCUAUUACAAAAUUAAUCAGUUAUCUGUGAGAUUUUCAAAAAUCAUGAUUGAUUGCAUUUUUAUCACACUUAAAUAAUAAUAGAAUACCAUUUAUUUGUAUAUUACGGAUGUUCAGACACCAUUCCAGACAAGCCCUUCAACCCCAAAUCAGAGGGCCUGGGCCAACCAUAGAUUUUAAUUGCUGUGUAAACAUACCCUUGUCAAAAUCGCAGCUUUCGCAUUGAAUAACCAUGGCCCAGUUUCCCACAUGACAAGUGGGCAUAUCAUGCUAUAAGAACUUGCCACUUCCCCUGAACGGGGAGCUAGGGAAGCAAUGUGGGCGGCAGAUGUGGCAGCCAGGAGAUUCAGCUAGGCUGGAGAUUUUCUGGGACUAUGCAGGGGUGGAUCUAGCUGGGAUCAGAGGCAGACCGACGGCGUUUGUUUCUGAUUUGCAGGGGUUUUGUCAGUGGGCUGCAUGCUGGCAGUGACAAUGGGGUCUGGGCAGCAGCUGCUAUGGGGCAAAGUGUCUCUUGGGAAAAAUGAAACUGCAAACCCUCCCUGUGCUGCAGCAAAAGCCUCUUGUUUACAAUUACAUCUGAACCUUCUUUCAUAUUAUUGUCCAUCCCCUGUCUUGGCAUUUGGAGACCUACUCACUCCCACACAGAUUUUUAAUUUUUCUUAAUUUUCCUUGGCCUUGUACAAACAUUUUCUUCAUCAAAAUGAUCAAGGACAUUUAAAAUGAGAAGAACGUAGCAAAACAAAAGAAACCCCCACCAAGCUCCCCCCCAAAGACUAAUUUUAAAGCAGUAAAACCCGUCCUCUGUUGGCCAGAAAACAAAUGUCAGUUUCCCAUGAUGUACCUAAGACCUUGUCUACAGAGGUGUAUACGUUGCAAAGUCACUUUUGGUGACAGAAUUCCUCAGAUUCAGUGACAUCAUAAAACCACCUCAAAAAGUGUUCUAAAGGUUUUUAUCCAAAAGUUAUGUCACUGAAGUGCUAGUGUAGACACCACACAGGCUUAGAGCUGUUAUUGACCUCUGGAAAGCAUCCCUCACUGCCUGUCCUCACUGCUCAGGUGAGCAGUUUCAACUCUGUUGCCCUGGAGCCAAGUAAACACCUUCUUCCCCUCCCCCUUUAAAGGCCCAGAGAUUUUUGAAAUUCUUCCUGUUUUCUCAUCAUGGAGUGCUUGCAUUACUGAGCAUGGUGGCUCCACGCAGCAAAGGCUUCCCUGCUUGGAGCACAGCACAGCUGCUGGAUCUCUUUAGUAUUUGUGGAGAGGAGGCGGUGCAGUCCAAGCUGCACUCCACCCAUAAAUAUGUCAGUCCCUAUGGGCAUAUUUCAUGGAGUUUGCGGGAAAAGGACUAUGAUUGGUACACACAGUAGGGCACAGCAAAGGGGAAGGAGCUGAGGUAGGCUUACCAGGAGGCAAGGGAGGCAAGCUGUCGCUCCAGUGCAGUGCCGCAGACCUGCUCUUUUAAUAAAGAGUUAGACGCUCUCUUCAGUGGCCAUCCCACCUCCACUGCUAAGAGCCCUGUGCAUACUUUGGUAGAGCUGGAGUCAACGGAAACGAAGGAUGAUGUCAUUGAUGACGAGGUGGUGGCAUAAGAUGAUUUGGAGCCCACGGUGAGGUCACCGAUUGCUGUGUGCACUAAGCAGCUAUUCUCCACUCGAGUCAGUCACUCUCUGGGGAGUAAGAGGCAGGAGAGGAGACCCUGGUAAGUGGUUUUGCUUUGUGACACUUGGAGGUGGGUUGAAGGCAGAGAAAUGUACAAAGCCGGCUGGGGCAUAUCCCCGUGCAAUCAGGCAGUAUGGUGGAACAAGGUGUGGCUACACAUUGAGAUUUCCUGAGCCUCUUCCAGAGAGAUCUCUAGGAAACUUUCCUGCUGCCUACUCUGCAAUCCUCUGCUUCUGCUUUGUUCCGUCCCCCGUUGAGGGACACUUUCCUGUGCCAUUCUGCAAUUACUUGAUGCUGCCUGCUCUUUAGCUUGAUUACUUAGGAAUCCACAGCAAUUACUUUGAGGGUUGAUAGCUUGUCCCAAGAUCAGGGCCAGUUUUAUUUAAAUUGUUAUUUAGUUGGGAACUAUGAUGUGCACAGUUGCAACACUCACACACUAGGAACUCUUGUAUAUUUACAAACCUAAGUUAUUACAUUUAGCACUGUCACAACAAGUGUUUCCUCUAACAUUUUCCAUCCUUGGACGGGUUGAAUUUUCUUUUGGGUGGGUUGAAAUUUCUUAUUGAGGUUGUAUGUGGAUGUACCGUGUGUUCCAGUACAAACAAAAAAUCUAGGUAUAAAUAUGUAUUUUAAACAGUCCAUAGGUAUGGAAGACAAUAUAUUAAAACAAGGGAUAAUUACCAAGGAGCAAUGCUUAAGAUGUUUAUUUCAUAUGAAAUCAAAUAAAGAAAACUUAACACUACCCUUAGAGUACAGAUGUUAUCAUCCUUUCUAACAACUCACACUAGUAAACACCAAAAUGGGGCAUCCUGCAAAUAGCUAUAAUUAAAUCAAAGACAUAGCCAUUAAGUAACAACCUAAAAAUAUGCACAACUUUCAGAUGCUAAACAAAUUGGAGUCAACUAGAAAUAGCCAUCCUCUCCUUGAAAUAUACAGUAUUUACUGACACUGGAAAGGAGAGUAAAAGGCAUUCACUCAGGCUUAUGGGGAAUGUUUAGGAUCCAUGCUAUGCAAAUGAAACAGAGGCCUAUAAAACAGCUAAAAGUUCUGGUUUGAAACUUUCACCUGGUGUAUGUCACUAACUCAAAGAGCAGAAGCCUCCAGAGCACUUGUCCAGAAUCCAACUCCAAUUGAAAGGCCAAACAAAUUAAAUAGGAUCCAUGGUAAAGUUCUUCCAGUUUUAACAAUUAACCAUGUAUUACAGGAGUCGGCAAUCUAUGGCUCACUAAGGAGCCAAUAUGGCUCUUCUGGAGCUCCAACUCAGACCCCUUCCCUUCACAGUACGGAGCCAGCACUGGUGCUACAGUCUUACGGCCCCCUGGCAAG